GAUUGAAAAAUGAACGUAUAUCUGAUCAAUAAAGAAAUGAAUGUAUAGAGGAAGAAAUAAAAUCAGUGUUCGCUACCAAAACCAAAACAAAAAACAACCGUCAUCGCUGACAACACUAUCUAUUACUCAUACUCAUACAGUCCUGAUCACUAGUCACGACAUCUAUAAAAGAGAAGCCUAAUUCGCACUUACAAGUACUUGUUUCCAUUACUACGAGUACAGCAUCAAUGGCUACUAUCGGCGUGCCACCACAAGUUCUUCCUCCCCCGUUAACUUCAACUUCUGAACCACCUCCUCUUUUUGAUGGAACCACCAGGUUGUACGUUAAUUACAGUUGCCCCUAUGCACAACGUACAUGGAUCGCUAGGAACUACAAGGGUCUACAAGACAAGAUCCAUUUGGUUCCUAUUGACCUUCAAAACAGGCCUGCUUGGUAUAAGGAAAAAGUAUAUCCUGAAAAUAAGGUGCCAUCUUUGGAGCACAAUGGCAAGGUAUUGGGAGAAAGUCUUGAUUUGAUCAAAUAUAUUGAUGCUAACUUUGAAGGAACACCUCUCUUUCCUAAUGAUCCUGCCAAGAAAGAGUUCGGUGAGCAGUUGUUAUCCCAUGUUGAUACAUUCACCAAAGAGCUGUACGCUUCAUUGAAAGGAGAUACUGUGCAACAAGCCAGUCCUACUUUUGAAUUCUUGGAGAAUGCUCUUGGCAAAUUUGAUGAUGGGCCAUUCCUUCUUGGUCAAUUCAGUUUGGUGGAUGUUGCCUAUAUUCCAUUUGUUGAAAGAUUCCAUAUCGUCCUUGCUGAGGUUUUCAAGCAUGACAUUACCGAAGGAAGGCCUAAACUCGCAACAUGGAUCGAGGAGUUGAACAAGAUUGAUGCUUAUACACAGACAAGAGUGAAUCCUCAAGAAAUUGUUGAACUUUUCAAGAAUCGUUUUCUGCCUCAACAGUGAAAGUUGGAUUGCAGCAGUCUUCCUUUGAGAUAUUCCAAUAAAGCAUCUUUUGAUUUAGUGGGAUGCAUCUUCAGUCAAAUAUUGGUGUGUUAUAGGUUGAUGAUGGCAUAAUUAUGUUUCACUUUCUAGCUUGUUUGUUUGGUGUUGUAAUAAAGUUUAUGUAUCAGCUUGUGAUCAAUGUUCAGAAUAAUAUGAUAUUAUCAACUUUAAGACGCAUUUAAAAUCUAUACACAGAAUUUUUGUUUAAGCAUUU